CCCUUAUCGCAUUAGCCCGUUCUUCCUGGCCAGACCCCAGAGCUCUCUCUGUCCCUGACCCUGAAGUCACCUCUCCAUCAAUAGAGAGGAGAGGGCCCAGCCUCUGUCGCCUGCCCUGCUCCCCUUGGGGACCCGAGCCCGUUCUCUGACCCCAGCUUGGAGGAACUCGGUGUUGCCAGGCCGGGAAGGGAAACAAUGGGCCUUCCGGAGCAGGAUGACACCCCCUCCAGUCACAAUUCUGGAGCAGCAGCGUGGGAGGGAAGAUGGAGGGGCCCACCCUGGGGCCUGUUAGUCCUUAGCUCAUCCCCAGCCCCCGAACCCCGGGGAACCUUUGGCACCCCCGGACGCCCAGGCUGGGUGAAGGAGGGCUGAGAGCGCUCCCGACGUCCCAGCCACACUCGGACACGAGCCACUUUGUUUACAGCCCAGACCACUCUGAAAACGGAAGGUGUUCGCUUUCGCCCGGAACCCUUGAGCACGCAGCCCGAGCCCUUGAAAGCCAGAUUCGGACUACGUUUCCCAUAAACGCGCUCGCGAGGGGGAAGAGAUGCAGUGAGUGAGAGCGUGCCGAGAGCGACGAAGCAACGGGAGAUGGUGGCCGAUAGUGCAAGAGCCAUGCCGCGCCGAGGCCUAGUGGCCGGACCAGACUUUGAGUUUUUCCUGCGUCGGUAUUUCACGCCGGCCGAGGUGGCCCAACACAACCGGCCGGAAGACCUUUGGGUAUCUUACCUGGGAUCCGUGUACGAUCUGACACCGUUGGCUCAGGAGUAUAAGGGAGACCUUCUGCUAAAACCCAUCAUAGAAGUCGCAGGCCAGGACAUCAGCCACUGGUUCGAUCCGAAGACCAGAGACAUCCGCAAGCACAUAGACCCUCUGACCGGCACCUUGAGAUACCGCACCCCCUGGGGCCGCUUUCUGCACCUCCCGCCGCAGCUGCCCCGUUCCGACUGGGCCAAUGAUUUCGGGAAGCCCUGGUGGCAGGGGUCGCGUUAUGAGGUGGGGCGGCUGUCCGCCAAGACCCGGAACAUCCGCAUCAUUAACACGCUCACAUCGCAGGAGCACAUGCUGGAGGUGGGGGCCCUGGAGUCGAUGUGGGAAAUCCUACACCGCUAUCUCCCCUAUAACGCACAUGCUGCCAGCUAUACGUGGAAAUAUGAAGGGAAGAACCUGAACAUGGAUUAUACCCUGGAACAGAACGGGAUCCGGGAUGAGGACGAAGAAUUUGACUAUCUCAGUAUGGACAGUGCACCUUAUACACCCGCGAUACUGCUGUACUUCAACGAUGACCUCACAGAACUCUAGGAAGGGAGAUAUAUGCUCAUGUAGACUUAAGAUAUA